CCUCUAUCUCUCUUCCCCCCACGUUCAGGUUCGGGCCGAGACGACCAGCGACUGGCUUUAUCGAAAGGAUGGAUCCUACGCGAGCUUUUGUCAAGAAUGUCAAGCGUGUUGUUAUCAAGGUAGGAACUGCUGUGGUCACAAGAGAUGAUGGAAGACUGGCAGUUGGCAGAGUUGGAGCUAUUUUUGAGCAGCUUGAAACGUUGAACUCUCGAGGCUUUGAGAUAAUUUUAGUGACCUCAGGUGCUGUUGGAGCUGGCCGCCAAAGGCUAAAAUACAGGAAACUGAUUCACAGCAGUUUUGCUGAUCUCCAAAAACCACAAGUUGAACUAGAUGGAAAGGCAUGUGCAGCUGUUGGGCAGAAUGGUCUAAUGGCACUUUAUGACAAUUUAUUUAGCCAGCUGGACGUGACCUCUUCUCAACUUUUAGUAACAGAUAAUGAUUUUAAGAAUGCGGAUUUCAGAGUGCAACUUUCUGAAACAGUGAAUACAUUGUUAUCUUUCAGAAGCAUACCUAUUUUUAAUGAAAAUGAUGCAAUUAGCACCAGGAAUGAUCCCUACGAGGAUUCUUCCGGUAUAUUUUGGGACAACGAUAGUUUGGCAGCGCUACUAGCUGUGGAACUAAAAGCUGACCUUCUUAUCUUGUUAAGUGACGUAGAAGGCCUGUAUAGUGGCCCUCCAAGUGAUCCACGCUCAAAACUAAUCCAUACAUAUGUAAAACAUAAACAUCAGGGAGUGAUUACAUUUGGAGAUAAGUCAAGGGUUGGAAGAGGGGGAAUGGAUGCAAAAGUAAAAGCUGCUGUUAAAGCAGCUUAUGCUGGUACCCCCGUUAUCAUUGCCAGUGGAUUUGCCACAGAUAACAUCACAAAGGUACUAAACGGAGAAUGUAUUGGGACCCUCUUUCAUGAGGAUGCACAUUCAUGGAUUCCUCCUACCGAAGUUGGUGCACGGGAGAUGGCAGUUGCAGCACGGGAAUGUUCCAGAAGACUUCAGGGCCUACCUUCACAAGAUAGAAGAAAAAUUUUGUUGGAUGUUGCUGAAGCACUGGAGGCAAAUGAAAGUUUGAUCAUGAUUGCGAAUGAAACUGAUGUUGCCACUGCUCAGGAUGCUGGUUACAAUGAGUCAAUAGUAUCUCGCCUGGCCUUGAAGCCUGGAAAGAUAUCUGCUCUUGCAAAAUCUAUGCGUACACUUGCGGACGUGGAAGAACCCAUUGGUUCCAUCGUGAAGAGAACAAAACUUGCAGAUGGACUCAUCUUGGAGAAGACAUCAUAUCCUCUGGGUGUUUUGCUCAUUAUUUUUGAGUCUCGACCUGAUGCACUAGUCCAGAUAGCUUCAUUGGCAAUUCGGAGUGGGAAUGGCCUACUUCUGAAGGGAGGAAAAGAAGCAAAAUGCUCCAAUGCAGUCUUGCACAGGGUAAUUACUGCAGCCAUACCUGACACUGUGGGUGAAAAACUUAUUGGACUUGUGACUUCAAGAGAGGAUAUCCCUGACUUGCUAAAGCUUGAUGAUGUCAUAGAUCUUGUGAUCCCAAGAGGCAGCAAUAAACUUGUUUCUGAAAUACGAAAUUCUACAAAAAUUCCUGUUCUUGGUCACGCUGAUGGAAUUUGCCAUGUUUAUGUUGAUAAGUCAGCUGAUAUGGACAUGGCAAGGCGCAUUGUCUUGGAUGCGAAGACAGAUUAUCCUGCAGCGUGUAAUGCUAUGGAAACACUACUCGUACACCAGGAUUUGUCAACUAAUGGUGGGCUCUUGGAACUUGUUAAAACACUUGAACGUGAAGGCGUACAUGUGUAUGGUGGACCGAGAGCGAGUUCUCUGAUAGAUAUUGCAGAGGCUCAUUCACUUCAUCAUGAAUACAGUUCGAUGGAUUGCACAGUUGAAGUUGUCAAUAAUGUGCAAGCAGCCAUUGAUCAUAUACAUAAACAUGGAAGUGCCCAUACGGACUGCAUUGUUGCAGAAGACUGUGCAGUUGCUGAAGAUUUUCUUCAUCAAGUUGACAGUGCUGCAGUUUUUCACAAUGCAAGCACCCGAUUUUGUGAUGGAGCACGUUUUGGACUUGGGGCAGAGGUUGGGAUAAGUACUAGCCGGAUUCACGCUCGAGGUCCUGUAGGAGUUGAAGGACUGUUAACAACAAGAUGGAUUCUCCGAGGCAGUGGACAGGUGGUUGAGGGUGAUAAAGGGGUGGUUUACAGCCACGAGACCCUUGCUCCCAAGUCAUAGUUACAUAGCAAAAGACUUAGUUUAGGACAGCCCCUCUUGUCCAUCACAGUUUUGUUGUUACCUAUUCAUGCCAACAAUUGUUUCGGACCAGUAUCUGUUGAGAAUCUAACUUAAGUAGGGCUGACGGACUGAGUUUAA